GUGUGGCUCAGCUGGAAAACAGGGAACCAGCUGGAGGCUGUUCAUUCAUCUAUACCGACUAGGGUUAGCCUCACACGAACCAGCAUAUCAGUGUUAGCUAGCUUCUUAUUUAGCUGGCUCACAAACAAACAAAAUGGCACAGCUGAAUCAUUAAAAGGGUCCGUCCAACAUGUGAAAAUCUGGCUGCAUUGUGUGAACCAGGAGGGACUCAGACAAUCAUCAGCGCUGCGUAGGAAGUGGUGGCCAAUAAGCAUCAUGUGGUGGGCCUGGCCAUUCCUGCCUGCUCUGGUGCUUCUCUCAGAGCUCUCUGUGGUGAGAGUGCAGACGGCACCGUGCCAGACCUGCCGAAAACUCACAGAGAGCUUCAUCAAGGGCUUGGAGAGAACAGCCAACAAGAACUUUGGGGGAGGAAACACUGCCUGGGAAGAAGAAAAGCUGGCUAAAUAUGCACGCAGUGAGACUCGACUCCUUGAGAUAGUAGAAGCUGCUUGUGAAAAAGCAGAUUUUGAAUGUAACCAGCUGCUGGAGCAGAUCGAAGACCAAGUUGAGACAUGGUGGUUCCACAGGCAGCAGGAAGCACCAGACCUGUCUGAGUGGCUGUGCAUAGAGGAGCUGAGACUCUGCUGUCCACCCGGACGCUUUGGACCUGACUGCAAAGAAUGUCUGUCCAGCCUUGAUGGUGUGUGUGGAGGUCUGGGCCGCUGCGAGGGGGAAGGGACUCGCCUCGGAGAUGGAGAAUGUGUCUGUGAUCCCGGAUACUCGGGACGUCUGUGCCAGAGCUGUGCGGAUGGCUACUACAGAGAGAAAAGCUCCAACAACAGCAUAGGAACCUGUGCAGCUUGCUACCACUCAUGUAAGAAAUGUGCAGGGCCAGAGAGUUAUACAUGCCUCGACUGCAAACCCGGCUGGAUCCUUCAUGACAACAAGUGCGUGGACAUUGACGAGUGUGGAACAGAGCUGGCUCGUUGUCCUUCUAACACCUACUGUCACAACACAGAAGGUUCAUACGAGUGCAGAGGCUGCGACCAGGCAUGUGUUGGUUGCAUGGGUAGUGGCCCUGCCCGCUGUAAGAAAUGUGCCCGUGGCUACAAAUUGAGAGGAGCAAAGUGUCUUGAUAUAGAUGAAUGUAGUGAUCGUGCAAUAGCAUGCCCAGGACUCAAUGAGGCCUGUAUCAAUGAAGAGGGCUCUUUCCACUGUGACUGUGCUGAUGGAUUCAUUAGAAGAGAUAGCAUAUGUGUUGAGAAUAAGCCUCCAGCUGGCCCAGAGAAGGGGCUGUUUGACGACAUGACAGACGAUGAAGUCCUCGUACUGCAGCAGAUGUUCUUUGGCGUUGUUAUUUGUGCCAUAGCUACGCUCGCUGCUAAGGGUGACAUGGUUUUUACGGCCAUUUUCAUCGGAGGUGUAGCUGCCAUGGCUGGAUACUGGCUGACAGAAAAGGGAGACCUAAUGCUGGAUGGAUUUCUCAAGGGACGCUAGACUUUCCAGAGCCUCAAUUGGAAAAGGACACCGGAAUACCAGUUCAGGUGAAUAAGACUGAACUGGGGGCAGGAAAGUAUCCCUGCAAUGCUGACCUUUCAGGGAUUUUUUGGGAGUUACUUGAAAGGACUUGAGUUCAUUUAUGUUUAUGAAUAGGAUAAUAAGGGAGAACUUGAAGGCUGUGAAGCCAUUAAUCUUGGAGGAGGAAUGACAAAGCAACACUGCACUGAUAUAAAGGAGAUGAACUUAGUCCCCUACCUCAACUCUGUUGGGCACAAGGGUGACAUGAAGACCACUACUGAUUGUUAAAAUCUGUUAUGCAUUUGGAUGUCUCAUGCCUCAAUUUUGAAAUGAUGUCGUUUAUUCUUCCACACUAUCGAAACCUCCACUCAUUAUGUCCAUCAUGUUUUUUAUUAUCUCAAAGCUGUAAAGCAGAGGGAAUCCAGAGGGCUGAAUGUGCAUUUCGAUAAAACACCCAAGCUACUGAUGUUAGGAAUUUACUUUAUCGCCCAAAAAGCAAAGUUCAUUGAAACCCUGGGAUGUUUCCAUUAUGAGCUCAUGGUUUAUUUAUUUUCACAGAAUUACACUUUACCUCUUUACCUGCUGAAUGAUUCUCUUUAGUAAUAGUGCAUGAAAAUAGGGUUUGAAAUGAAAGGUACUACACUGUAUGCAUUAUUUUAUUGUCUAAUUUGGCAUGGAAGACUGACUUUACCAGCUGCUGGAUCACCAACACUACUGCUAUCGACCGUUUAAUGAGUGUGUGAAGGAAUGUGCUUUAGGUAAGUACCAACUCUGGAUCUGGAUGACUAAAGCGAUUUUCUGUUGCCUUUUUUAUUUAUUUGAAAGCAAUAUUUAUAUAUUUAAAUUGUUAUCAUAUUUUGUUCUUGACAUUUCCUGUGUAUUUGUGUGUAUUCUCAUUCUGUUUUUUUUCAUCUGGUGAUUUGUAGUUUUAGCAGAUGUAGUAGCAUCAUGUUAGGAGCCCCCAGAAUGUCACUUUUUACCCAACCAUCUGCUGUGUCCUUUGAUUUCUUCAUAGGGAAACUGUUCCACAGUCAUUAUUUGUCAUAUUGGUUUGCUUUACAAUAAAAAGUCUGUCACACUUUAUGAUUUUA